GCGGGGCCGGAGGGCGCGCGGGUCCCGCGGCCCGGAACAGCGCGCGAGGUGUCACCACCCCCCCAACACCCCCCCCCCCCAACACCUCAGUGGGCUCCGGCACCAUGUUCGGCUCAUCCCGAGGGGGGGUCCGGGGGGGCCAGGACCAGUUCAGCUGGGAGGACGUCAAGACGGACAAACAGCGUGAAAACUACCUGGGGAACUCCCUGAUGGCGCCGGUGGGCCGGUGGCAGAAGGGGAAGGACCUGACCUGGUACGCCAAGGGCAAGAAGGAGACGGCCCCCCCGUUGUCCCGCGAGGAAGAGCUGGCCGCCGUCCGCCUGGCCGAGCAGGAGGCCAUGAUGGCAGCCCUGGGCUACAAGAACGUGAAGAGGCAGCCCACCGGGCUCAGCAAGGAGGACCUGGCCGAGGUGUGCAAGCGGGACGGCGCCGAGCGGGACGAGAAGGACGUCGACCGGGUGGUGGGUUUGGGCAGCUCCAGCGGUAGCGCCGGCCGGGUGAUGCUCUCCAAGGAGGACAAGGAGGCGGCAAAGUUGGGGCUCUCCGUCUUCACGCACCAGAAAGUCUCCAGCAGCCCCGAGACAUCCGUCUCCAAGAAGAAGCAGGAGAAGGAGGAGAAGGUGGAGGAGAAACGGCCGGAGAGCGGCAAGAAAUCCAAAAAGGAGAAAAAGAAAAAGAAAAAGAAGAAACACAAAAAGGAGAAGAAGAAGGAAAAACAUCACAAGAAGGAUGCUACUCCAUCAUCCUCUGAUUCUUCUCCAGACCGCGAUGAGAGGCACCACCAAAGGAAAACCCAACAGCGUCCCGAGACAUCGCGGCACGGCGGCUGGCGUCGGCACGACACGGAUUCCUCUGCCGGCAGCCGGGAUUCGGGCAGGAGCCCCUCGCGCCAUCCUGCCCGUCGGCGGAGCCGGAGCAGGGACGGCCGUGGUCGGCACCCAUCCCCGCGGCGCAAGGGGAGGAAGAGGAGCAGGAGCCGGUCCCCUCCGUCCCGCAGGGUGAGGCAACGCCACGACACCGAUUCGGAGGACUGAGAGCCUGGGUGUUUAGUUGGGUUUUUUUUUUUUUUUUUUUUUCAUCUCACAUAGGCUAUAUAUAUAUUUUUUUAAGGUUAUUAAAUUAAAAAAAAGCCGCAGCUCUGCCGUUGCAGGGGCUGAGUCUGGCAAAGGGCAAUAUAUUUUGUGAUGCCAGCUGCCUGUUCCCUGCCUGCAGCUCCUGCCUUCAACCUGGGGCAGCACCGGCCACUUCGCCCCCCCCCCCCCCCCCCGUUGUUGAUCCUGGCAGGGUGCUGGUGCUGGGACCAUGUGUUUAUGUAGAGAGGCUUUGGAUGCAAUUAUUAUUAUUGUUAUUGUUAUUAUUAUUAUUGUUACAUUUUUUAAUAUCUUCUUUCAACGCCCGUGAGUACCUGCCAGCGAAGCAGCUGGAGGAGAGUUUCUUUCCUUAAACCCUUCAGUUCAUCAGCUGCAAAAUAAAACUCGGGGGUUGCGCGUUGCCGGGGGGGUUUUGCCUCUUGGCCGCGAUGGCUUUAUGAUCACAUCCCCUCCACAGGGCACGCGCACACAGGUAGGCACAGGACACUCAGGAUGUGUCCCCCCCCCCAGGAGAGCGCAGAGUCCUGCCCGGGCUGCCCCAAGGUGACAUAUACCCUCACCCCAUCCCCAAAAAGCUUUUAAUUCGGGCAGACCCAAGCGGGAGCUGCUGUAUCCCUGGUGGGAUGUGAAGCAGAGGUGGGGCCGUCACCCCCCCAAACUCCGGUGGGGGUGACAGAAAUCACCGCAGGGAUGUCCCUGUGUCCAUGGCCCCUGCGUGGGGAUGGAGCAGCCCAGCUCCCAGGGAUGAGUGCUUUCCCAGCCAAAGUUUGGGGACAAUCAGGGGGCUUUGUGACUCAAGCAGCUGCGGGUGAGGGUGAUGGAUGUUCCUUUUGAUUGAGAAAACAGCCUUUUUGGAUUAAAAAAAGGACACUGCCCUAAUUAACAGCUG